ACUUUGUUUGUUGUGGAACAGCUGAGUGGGUGGCUGGAGGUACUUGCGGCCAGUUACCGACUCAACAGCACAGCUGCGGCCUCAUAGCUGAGUUUCAGCCCCGUGAAGAUUUUGUUUCCAGCUCGUUGGACGCCAUGGCUGAGACGGACCCGAAGUCGGUGCAGGACCUCACCAACGUGGUCCAGACUUUGCUGCAGCAGAUGCAGGAUAAGUUCCAGACGAUGUCGGACCAGAUCAUCGGCAGGAUCGAUGAGAUGAGCACACGCAUCGACGACCUGGAGAAGAACAUCGCCGACCUGAUGACCCAGGCCGGGGUGGAGGAGAUCGAGGCGGCGCCGGAGAAGCCCAAAGAGAGCCAAGGGUCAUCAUGAAGGCUCCUGGCGGCCCGACGGUCCUGGACCCGGGAGCAGCAGAACUUUUCCACUGAAAAAUCGACUUGUUGGUGUCAUGUUGUGUGAAAUGCUUUUUUUAUAUAGUGAGUUUUGUGAAACGGUUCCAGUGAAUGACUUGAAGAGCUGAACAUUGUAAGCUAGACUAGUUUAAUGUGUCCUGAACCUUUUAAAGCAGAGAUUAUUGAUCAACCCUGGAGGUGGACGCUACUGGGUCAGAACCAGUAAGCCCAGUAACCCAACGGACGGACGCAUUCCACUCCCAAUGUUCUUCUAUUAACACUGAAGUUUGUAAUCUGUGCUUAAUAUUUAACUAUUUGCUUAGUAAUGAAGAAAACUCAACAACUCUAAGGUGCUUUGUGUUUUUCUAAUGUUUCCACCAGCAUGACCAGCAGUCGCUUCUCAUUUUAUUCUAUUUUUAUUCACUUUAAAUGUUUAAAUUAAAGCCAAUAAACUCCUGCAUGAAUUAUUCACACCUAAAGAAACUGUUUAUCUCCCAUGAUGAAUUUAUUGAAAAACAGAAGCAAAGGAAAUGAGACGCCAUCAUCUCCAAAAAUGACAUUUUACAACAUUUUAAAAAUUCAGGCUUCUGACUAACUUUAUUUACAUUUUUCAUGCAAAUUAUGAGCCUUUAUUGAGACUAAUUCAAAUCAAAUGUACAACAAUCAACAGCAGUUAUUGAAAUUGAGUGCAAAAAGCAAACAAAUUAGCAUUGAAGUAACAUUGAGGCAAAGCUUGAUCACUUCAUCUACAGCGCAACAAACCAGAAACAGGAUGAUAAAGUACUGAAUAUUAAUAAAGUAAUCGGUCCGGGUCGGAUUCUGGUUCCGGGUCAGAACUCAAAGUCAGCCUCCGUCAUGUCGAUGGCCCAGGCGAACUUCUCCCGCUGGGUUUUAUUGUAGAUCUUUUCUAUGGGUACGUCCAUGUUCUUACACCUGACCCCACAGAAAAACGUAAAACUUUUCACUUCCACACAAAAUGUCCAAACAGAAAUAAACUGUUUCUGAGUAAA